AUGUCUUCUUUUCAAGUUCAACAAGUCUCCAUCAUCGGAGCUGGUCUUGCCGGACUUACUCUCGCUCUCGCUCUUCACCAACAAGCUAUCCCCGUCACUGUCUACGAAGCUCGAACUGAGCCUCUCAACAUUGGCGGUGCUGUCAUGCUUUCACCCAAUGCUCUGAAGAUCCUUGAUGCUCUCGGUCUCUACGGCACAAUAAAGUCGAAAGGUUUCAGCUUUGACACCCUGGAAUAUCGCAACCUGGCCGGUGAUAUUAUUGAUACGCAAGAGUUUGGAAGCGAGGUCAAGUACGGCUACAGAGGUCUCAGAAUUUACCGACACGUUCUCAUUAGCGAGCUCGUCUCGGCCUUACAAAAGCAAAAGGUCGAGGUCGUGUAUGGCAAAAAGUUCUCCCACGUUACAGGAGAGUCCAGCGACACCACAACAUUCGCCUUUCAAGACGGCACCACAGUGACCACAUCACUUUUGGUCGGUGCCGAUGGCAUUCAUUCUACGGUUCGCAAGCACAUGUAUCCUGAUCUUCAGACAAAAUUCAUCGGCAUGGCAGGAAUUACUGCAGCUGUACCUGCCUCGCAGGUACAGCUUCCAGAGGGCUAUCAUCUCCCGGUGACCGUCAUGUCUCCCCAGGGCGCGUUUGUCAUGGCGCAGCAACAGGUGGACGGGUCUGAAAUCUUCUUUGGCAAGCAAAUGCGUGUAACGCCUGGCGACAAACCCGACUGGGAUCGAGAUUUUGUCGCUGAUAAGGAUUCUGCCCUUGAAUUCCUCCAACAAAACAACGACCACUUCCCUGAAUUCGUCAAGAAUGCCACAGCACAUAUUGACAAGGUAACCAUCAACAAAUGGCCGUUCUUCGUUGUCCCAAAGCUUGACCGCUGGGCCUCUGAGCUGCGCCGUGUGGUAAUUGUAGGCGAUGCUGCGCACGCAAUUCCUCCUUCAGCUGGCCAGGGUAUCAACCAGGCAUUCGAGGAUGUCUAUAUGCUUGCUUUGGUUCUCGGACAACGACAGAAGAUCCGCAGUUUUGAAUUGGCUCUCAGCUUCUGGCAGGAGUAUCGCCAGACAAGAGUCGACAAGAUUCUCGUGCUGAACCAGCAAAUUGAUGCCAGAAGAAUGCCUAGCAAAGAUACAGUAGUCGGAAGUGAUAGCUCCUUCAAGAGAGAGCCUUUUGAUUUGAGCUGGCUCUAUCAGCCAGACUUUAAGCAGGAUGUGCAAGAGUGGGUAGCAUCCAACUCUGUGUAA